GAGCCAUUACAAUCAUCGAUUAAUCGCUAUCUCAAUACGGGAUAAUAUUGAGAUACCACUAAUUAAAUCCUAACCAUGGAUGAGUCUGACAACUUGUUUUCUGAUGAAUCUAGUUUCUACGAGCUGGAAGAGCAAGUAACCACCUUUGACCUAUCCACCUACUGGACCGACAUCCACCCGUACCUCCUAUCCACAAUCCAAUACAAACUCCGCUCCGCAUCCGCACGAAACCCAACGAGAACAGACACCAAAAACCGACAAGGACCGCGUCUGAACUCGCGACAGACAACAGAAUCGGUACCGGAGUUUCUGUCCCGACUAGCCCCGUCGACGACCAGAAGCAGCGCCGUCGGACCAUGGAUCUACGCCUACAACCCGGAUGAGGGCAGAAGCGUACGGGACGAGGACCUAGCCUCCUUCGCCGCAAGGGGAACAGAGCUCCUAUACGGAUUCGAAAACGAGAAAACCCGUCUCGAGGCCGAACAUGCUAAGUCCCGAUCAAAGUCGAAAUCUACCGUCUGGCUGGCGCGGAAGAUUAACCCGCUUCGUCGCGCGUUGGAGGAAGAUGUCUUUGCUUUGGCCCGGGAGAAGAACGUCGUCACGGGGAAAUGGAUGCUAUUUCCUUCUGCGGGGGAUGUAGAUCGGGUCUGGGAGGCUGUCGCUACCGCGACGGUUCAUGGGGAGUUGGGCGUCGCGGCUAAGGUGGCGACGUAUGAUUCAGAUGAGGAUAGGGAGAAUAAGAAGCCACGACUGCUUGCGGUUUAUACGCGGGAUUAUGAGGAUCGGGGCGAUAUCAAACUGGUAUUGCAGCGGCUCGUGGAAUUGGGGGUAGUGAGGAAGGAUGAGAGACCGAUCUAUUACAAGUGUGAUGCCUUGACGCAUCUAGGGAUCAAGUCGGAUAAUCCCUAUGGGCUUAAGGCUAGUUUGUUUUCCAGUCGGGAUGUGUUUAUGGGAAAGAUUUGAGAUUGGCACAGGAAUGAAAAGUGAAAUAUUGGGGGCAUUACACAGGGUUGAAUUGUCAAUAUGUUAGCUAUCAUAGCUAUAUAGUGCAGGAGCAAUAUUACUGCAUAUCUUCCAU